AUGACUGAAUUUCUACGACUUGAGGGAAGAGGCGAGGAUUCAGACACCCCAUGUGUGUGUGGUGCAGCGGAUGCCGUGUUUCGGUGUCAGGAUUGUUUCUCUGUCAAUCUUUCAUGUCGGUGCAUGUUCCUUUUGAGUGGGUUUUUCCACCCUGUUUCAUUGAAAUCUAUGGGCCUGCGCAUCCAACUUGGACACCCCCCCGGUACCACUUGUCGCAAACCAUCGCCUGCAUUUGGCAAUAAUUUCGUGAUUAUUGAUGUCCAUGGUGUGCAUUCAACAGGACUCGAUUUUUGCGGAUGUGAGCAUGAAGUUUUGCAUUUCAAACAACUACUCCGUGCGCGCUUGUUCCCUGCCACAGUGACUGACCCAAGAACAGCGGCAACAUUUGCUGUCUUGGAGUUCUUUCACAUACUUUCCUUCGAGUCUAAGGUAUCCGCCUUUGAAUUCUAUCAUAGCUUGGCGCGGUGGACUGACAACACAGGAAUCAUGCCAAUUCAUGUAGAAGGUCAGGAUCGCUAUUCAGUGUUUCUAAGGAUAGUCCGUGAGUGGAGAAACAUCAAAGCGCUCAAACGUUCAGGUCGUGGCCACCAUCCUGCAGGAAUAGAUUCCACUGAAGACAGAGAUCUGGCUGUUCUCUGCCCUGCCUGCCCGCAUGUAGGGAAAAACCUUCCUACUAAUUGGGAAACUUCAUCUCCAAAUCAGCAAUGGAAGUACGCACUUUUUCUUGCUAUAGACGCCAACUUUCGACUCAAGUGCUGGAUGGUGUCGACCGAUCGACGAGAUCCUGGCCUUAGCAAAGGAUGGGGCUAUUUCGUCGAAGAGAGCAAAUAUAAGCGGUACCUGCGCACCAAUGGUGAAACUCUUCAAGAGAAAAGUAACUGUGUUAGCCAUAAUGCAGUUAAUCUCGCGGAUACGAAGUCAUCAAGGGGACUUGCUGCGACUGGCGUGGGCACCGUGGAUUGUGCACGCCACGAUAUGAAGUUAGCUAAUGGCGUUGGUGACUUACAGAAAGGCGAAAAAUACUUGAAUAUGGACUAUCUUACCAUUAAUUUUUUUGUGCCGAAGUUCCAUAUCGCUGCACACAUCGAAUCCUGCCAGACUCAAUUCUCAUUCAAUUGGACUCCAGGGGUAGGACGGACUGACGGAGAAGCACCUGAGCGUGGAUGGGCAAACAUCAAUCGCGUGGCUGGCAGUACAAAGGAAAUGGGUCCUGGAGCCCAACGCGACACACUCAACGACCAGUUCUCUGAUUGGAACUGGAAGAAGAUUACGGCUCUCGCCAUCGUCGCUGAGAAGGAGCACCGUCUUGCUCUCUGGGAACUUGAGAGCUCUAUCAAUGACUCUGAAGUAGGAGCCGCUUCCCUCGCUGCAUGGAGGACAGAGAUUGAAGCCUGGGAGAUGGACUGCUCGCAGUGUAAUCCAUUCCAGCCCAGAGUUGGCGCAAUGACCCAGGCAUCUGUGCGGUUAGAGUUAGCACAACGGGACGCAAACGAGUUGGAAGAUGGGUCAGCAAUAUCACUCCACAGCGAGGUUACCUGCAGUGUUCUCAUUAGCACUGGAAUUGACCUCGAAGAUGCCCAACGCCGUUUGCGUGUUGAUUCCUUCACGCUCGGUCAGCACGCAACCGAUAUCCAGAGGACUAAGGUCUUAACUCGAAGGAAUGUACUGCAACGUCACCUAGACGCGUGGACCGACAUUCAAAAACUCUACAUGCCAAUGAUUCCAAACCUCCGAAUCUCUGCAAUCCUCCCAACUGGCAUCAACAGUGAUGACAGCGGCUGUCCAGUCCCAGAUCUUACCUCUGGAAAGGCAGAAGACUUUCAAUUGCUUCUGCCUUCCGAGAUAUGUGAUACCGUGCCAUGCAACAAGACACUCCUGGAAACAGAAUGGUCCCUACAUUUUGCCCAAGCUACUGAUUCUCUGAACGAGUGUCGUUCGCAUAUUCGACUGCGCCGUCAGCUGUAUCAGUUCAAGGUCCAGCAUCUACGUGGACAAGGGCCCAACACCCGCGCACGCAAAACUAUGGAUGUAGUUGAGGAACGUCUUAUGCUGAGCCAUGCUAAGUAUACAAGUGCUCGUGAGGCACUUCUCUCCUUAGCUUCGCUUCGUGUCGAAUGGUGCAAAGCCCGAGCACAUCGUAAUAGGUGGUUGGAGGAAGUCCAGCUCUUAUUAGAAGAAAUGCGACGUAUUCUAGCCUUUCUCACAUGGCAGGGAGACUACUGGGAGUCGUGUGCAACCCUACCGACUGUUGAACAACCCAAGGAAAAGGAGGGCGUGAUUGUGUAUGCUCGCCGCCAGGCUCACAUCCGACGAGCUUUAUUAGCAGCUUUUGCGGAACAUUGGAAGAGAGUCCCGCAACUUGGGUCUCUUUGGAUGCGCCUCCUUGUGAGUAUAUCGAGGGACCCGAAGAAUAAUAGCAUUUCUGUACCGUGA